UCGAGUCACCGCGCGCCGGCGGCCUCCAGAAGCUGGUAUGUCGACUGUCCUGCAGAGCAUCGAGCGGCUGUCCAGUCGGGUGGUGCGCGUCCUGGGCUGUAACCCGGGACCCAUGACCCUGCAGGGCACCAACACCUACUUGGUAGGGAUCGGCACCAGGAGAAUCCUCAUUGACACUGGAGAACCAGCAAUUCCAGAAUACAUCAGCUGUUUAAAGCAGGCUCUGACUGAAUUUAACGCAACAAUCCAGGAAAUCAUAGUGACUCAUUGGCACCGUGAUCAUACUGGGGGCAUAGGAAAUAUUUGUAAAAACAUCAAUAAUGACACUGCAUAUUGCAUUAAAAAACUCCCACGGAUUCCUCCAAGAGAAGAAAUUAUAGGAGAUGGAAAGCAACAGUAUGUUUAUCUGGAAGAUGGAGAUGUGAUUAAAACUGAAGGUGCCACUCUCAGAGUUAUACACACACCUGGCCACACUGAUGAUCAUAUGGCUCUACUUUUAGAAGAGGAGAAUGCAAUCUUUUCUGGAGAUUGCAUCCUAGGGGAAGGAACAACUAUAUUUGAAGACCUCUAUGAUUAUAUGAACUCCCUAAAACAGCUAUUGAAACUCAAAGCUGAUAUUAUAUAUCCAGGACAUGGCCCAGUAAUUCAUAAUGCUGAAGCUAAAAUUCUAGAAUACAUUGCUCACAGGAAUAUCCGAGAACAGCAAAUUCUUACAUUGUUUCGUGAUAAUUUUGAAAAAUCAUUUACAGCAAUGGAGAUUGUAAAAAACAUUCACAAGAAUACUCCUGAGCAUUUAUAUAAAAUGGCUGAACAUAAUGUCUUGCUGCAUUUGAAAAAAUUAAAAAAAGAAGGAAAAAUACUUAGCAACACAGAUCCUGAGAAGAAAUGGAAAGCUAAUCUUUAGUUUCAGAUUAAUGAAAGCUUUUGUUGGUUUUAUUUUUAGAGAAUGGUAUGUUUUCUUAACUAUAAUUAUUUAUAGGGAAUAUAGAGUAUAGAACAUUGAAAAUAAUCCUAAGUAUACUUUAAAAUAAUGUCUUAUUCCUUCUAAAAUAUAUAUUACAUUUUACAUGUAUAAUAUAGCUUGCUUAUCUAAUCUGAGUGUUACAACAUUUUACCAAAAAUUCAGAAUCCAACAGUUUAUCCAUGUUCAACAGAUUUAUGGUUACUUUAAAAAUAAUAAAAUUUAUA